GUAUUUAGAGGCGAGCGCGUCCCUGCGUCCUCACUUCCUGUGCGCAGCGUCAGUCUCGGGGCGUGUCGGUGUUGACGGAGCCUCCUGCCUUCUCUUCUCCUCUCUUGUCUGUAGUUUAGUGGAACUUGCUCAGCCUGAAGCUCUCUACCUCCUGGCUGCUGUCGCCUCACGUUGGUAGAAGAUGUUUUUGGCCAAAAAGUUUUUGGGCGGCAUCAUUGAUGUUGUGAGCAACAUCGACCCAGCCCAGUUUGUGCCUUCUGAUCCUCCUCCUCCACGUAGACCAGUUGCAUAUGCAGAGCAGCAUGAGAGUGAUGAGGAGAAACAGUUCCGCAGAGUCUUCCAGCAGCUCGCUGGAGAGGACAUGGAAGUGAGCCCAAAGGAGCUCAUGGACAUCCUGAAUAAAAUCAUUGGAAAGCAUGGAGGUCUGAGGACAGAUGGUUUCAGCAUUGAGUCUUGCAGGAGCAUGGUGGCAGUCAUGGAUAGUGACAGCACGGGGAAACUCGGCUUUCAUGAGUUCAAACAACUCUGGAACAACAUAAAGAAAUGGCAGGGAGUGUAUAAGUCCCACGACACAGAUGGAUCUGGUGUCAUCGGUGCAGAUGAGCUGCCUAAUGCUUUCCGAGCUGCAGGUUUUCCCCUCAAUGACCAGCUGUUCGAGAUGAUAAUUCGCAGGUACAGCGAUGAAGAUGGGAACAUGGAUUUUGAUAACUACAUCGGCUGCCUUGUAAGGCUGGAUGCCAUGUGCCGUGCCUUCAAAACCCUGGAUAAAGAUAGCAAUGGGACUAUCAAAGUCAAUGUCCAGGAGUGGCUUCAGUUGACCAUGUACUCUUGAGUCCAGACGACAUCUCUCCUGCUUGUUUUACGGAAUCACUUUAUUUGUCUUCACAGUACAAUACUUUCUCAACUAUCCUAACAAAUUCCUGUGAUAAUUUAGCAAAUCCCAUGUGCAUGCCGGCUUAUUUUGAAUAUUAAUGCAAUGAGUGUUGGGGGAUUCUUUGUUCUGUAGUAUUUGCCAGAAAAAAGUACACACUGGCACUUACAAAAGUACCCCUAGCUAAAAAUUUAGGACGAGUUUGAAGCCAAUAUAACUCGAUGAAAAGAUUGUGAAAAAUCUAAUGUGAAAGCAGGAAUCUCUCAUUCUAAUGUAGCUGGGGCUGGUUUUACAAAGAGGGGUUAAGGAACAUUCACAUCCUCUGUCAAUGCUGUGCCAGCUGCUGAAAAACAGGAAAAGCUAGGACACUCAUUACUGUCAUAAAUCUUCUACAGGGCACACUUGAGGUCACCUCAGGUGGAAGAUGUAUUUAGAGUAUGUAGCUGCAAUCUUAGUUGGCCAUGUUUUGUAGUUCAACUACCUAUUUUUCUUCAUUGGCUCAUAACUGUGGGUGUAUGGAGACUACAUGGUGGAUAUCUCCAUCUAUCUACUGUUGGGGCAGUGAGAAUAUAUUUUAGCAGUCAUGUUAAUAUAUGGCAAUUAUUGACCUUACAAAAGCUCCAUCCCACCUCCUCCUGUGGACAAACCAGUUUCCACACCAAAUGGAACAGGCUAUGAUUAUGUGCAGGCUUGAAGGCCCCACACACCCACAGGUGUUUUCAGGUAUUGUGCUGGAGGUAGAGUUCUGUACAAGCUGAAGUUGGGUGAUGCUAUUGUGAGAAUUAAAUGAGGUCAACAAAUCCCAUGUACUGCCCCACCCAACAAUUGUUUCAUGUAUAGUUUUACGUGGAUGUGAUGUCAAAUUAUACAUAAAUUGCCUGUCUUACUUUUUGUUAAACUACAUUAUUAUUAUUACAUAUUCCAUCUUUGUGAAACCGGGCCCAAUGCUACUGAAUGAGAGAUACUUCACUAAAACCUGUCAGUCUGCUAAUUUAAAUUAAGUGAAGAAGGUGUAUGAACUAUGGUUUGUUUGCCUGUAACAAGCAGAUCUUGGUUUGCUUAUUUGUACACUCCUUUACUGUGCAUCAGUUACAUUGGUAUGGUAAAUGCAUAGUGGACAGUAAUCCUGAUGCUUUCUACAGCCAGUACAAAGUCUAAACAAAGAAUUAAUCUUUAAAAUCCCAAAUGUUCUUUAAAGUUACCUAAUAUUAGAGGCAGUGUGCUUAUAUAUAUAGAUAUAUUUCAGUAUACCCACAUCUAUAUCUUCUCUGUAAUAAUGUACAUUAACAUCAUGGGAGAAAUGUAUUGAUAUUUUGCUUUGGAAUAUUGAUGCUGGUGGUGCAACUUUGCAAUAGCAUUCUGUGUGUCUUCACUUCCUUCUCACUGUUCACUGUGCCAGAUAAUGCCAGCACUGUGUGUGAGUUCCUCAUAUAUAUCAGAUGUGUAUGCCACCAAUGCAUGCCGCCAAUUGAAAGGAUGGAUUGCAGAAUGUUUUUUUUUUAACCAUGCAGUUGAAGCCGUGGUCAUUUAACUGUUCCUGAAAAUGUUUGGUAAAAUACACUUAUGUGCCCUAUUUGGAAUAAAUGGUACCUUAAAUGUG